AUGGUUUCUUGUCCCAUUUGUGGGAAAUCAGUCCCACAGGCGAAGAUCAAUGAUCAUAUUGAUUCCGACUGCCAAGAAUUCAUCGAAGAGGCGUCUGCUUCUUCGACAGACCCAUCAGCGCCCCCGAAAGCAGUCCCCAGCAUUUUUCAGCCAGCGUCUGCACGCAAAGCUUCGAGUCAAAACACGGCCCCAAAAGAAUCGCCAUCGAGGCCUAGUGCGACGCCAUACCCUCUGAACGGCAAGCGGUCCUUCACGCAGGAGACCCCCCCUCGAGAACAGAAUGCAAAGAAACAACCGGCGGAUGCAAGUGAGCCGCAGACGAAGCGACCGAAGGUGAACGCUUUCCAAAAAGCGGCCCCGCUUGCUGAGCGUAUGCGGCCGAAAACUUUAGACGAAGUAUGUGGCCAAGAGCUGGUCGGUCCGACUGGUGUGUUGCGCGGUCUAAUUGAAGAAGACCGAGUACCAAGUAUGAUCCUGUGGGGAAAUGCUGGAACUGGGAAAACAACCAUUGCUCGAGUCAUAGCCUCUAUGGUUGGAAGCCGCUUUGUGGAGAUCAACAGCACCAGCUCCGGUGUCGCAGAGUGCAAAAAGAUCUUCGCCGAGGCUCGUAGUGAGCUGGGACUCACUGGGAGGAAAACAAUCAUCUUUUGUGACGAAAUUCAUCGAUUCUCGAAGUCACAACAAGACGUAUUUCUCGGUCCAGUUGAAAGCGGACAAGUGACUUUGAUUGGAGCAACUACGGAGAAUCCGUCGUUCAAAGUCCAAAAUGCACUGCUCUCCCGGUGCAGGACUUUUACGCUCGCUAAACUGACCGAUGAAGAUGUCAUCUCUAUCCUUCAUCGGGCACUCCGGGUAGAAGGCCCGAACUACGCCCCCUCGGAACUGGUUGACGAUGAACUCAUCCGGUAUCUUGCCAAAUUCGCGGACGGGGACGCCCGGACAUCGCUCAAUCUGCUCGAAUUGGCUAUGGAUCUAUCUAAACGACCAGGCAUCACGAAGGACGAAAUCAAGAAGUCUUUAACCAAAACUCUCGUCUAUGAUCGGGCUGGCGAUCAACAUUAUGAUACGAUUUCGGCGUUUCACAAGUCUCUCCGCGGGAACGACCCAGAUGCCUCCCUAUAUUACCUUGCACGCAUGAUCCAAUCUGGGGAGGAUCCACUAUACAUUGCCCGGCGUCUAAUUGUGGUCGCGUCGGAGGAUAUCGGCCUUGCAGACAAUUCUAUGCUGUCGCUUGCCAUCUCGACUCACUCUGCUGUGGAGAAGAUUGGACUGCCAGAAGCCCGAAUCAAUUUGGCGCAUGCAACUGUUGCCAUGGCUUUAUCAAAAAAGAGCACGCGAGCAUAUCGAGGAUUGAACAACGUGUUCUCAGCAUUAAACGAGCCCGGCGUUGCGGGCCUCCCGAUCCCCAUCCAUCUUCGUAACGCGCCCACCAAACUCAUGAAGGAACUGGGCUACGGUGAAGAGUACAAAUAUCCCCCAAAUUAUGUCGAUGGCCGGGUCAAACAGGAGUAUUUACCUGAGCCACUUAUUGGUCGCAAAUUUUUGGAAGAGCUGGACAUGGGAACACAGCGUGACCCUGCGUUAUUGACGACGAAAGGCCGCUAUACCAGGCAGGACUUUUCGGACGAUGAAUUCUAA